AUGACGCUUGUGAAUGAUAGGCCACAACCUGAAAGUGGCAUCGAGAUAUCGUUUCCGGAAUUGGACGGGAGAGAACCGACUGAGCAACUUGAUACGUUGAAAGAUAUGUUGGAGAAGGCGACGCGUUUGAAAGAGGGUGCGGUUAACUUUUUGAAGAUGAACAUGACGGACGGGGUACGCAGUCGCGUUGAGACUGAACUUGAACAAGCAAACAACAGGAUAGACGCGAUCAAUAAAGCGAUGGACUCAAUUAAUUCGCGACGGAAGAAGCCACUUGGGGCUCGUCUUCAAUCUCCAGUAGCUGGAAAGCGACGUCGUGAUCACGGGCAUUCACGACAAAGAGACGAUGGAGGCGGUAAGUCUUAUGAGGACUUCCGAACUGCCAAACAGCAAGCGAUAAAUCUCCUCAAAACGCUGCUUGCCUAUGCGCGCAACCCACUAUCCCCUGCUUCUGUACCACCUGCUUCUUCAUCUGUGGGACCACCACCACCAGCCACGGAAGCAGACCUGGAGAAGGCAAGGGUGGAGACGAUGAACCGGCUGAUCACGGUUCUACAACGCAACGUGCGCGUGCGCUUCGAAAUUAAUAUGGAAGAACUUGUCGCUGCGGUAUCGCCAUCCCUUGCAGACCAAGCGUCCGGGAGAGCACGAGCCACGGCAUACCGCCUGCUUAAGCAUUCUCUAGUAGAUCGCGACUCCGUCGAACGGCUGCUUGAACAUUCGCUUGACUGGUACAUCGUCAAGUCCCUAGCUCGCGACAACAAAUACGCAGGCGAGCGCGAGCAAGUCAUCAAGUUCAUACGUACAAUCAUCGAAGUAGGGUCCGAAAGACGCGCUUCACACAUGGCAGCAGGCAUGGGACGCGUACCGCUUUCAGAACCCGUCAUGCGUGCACUGAUCGCAGUGGCGGAGCAUCCGGAAGAUCCACUCCGGCAAAUUUGUUGCGAAACACUGGUAGAGAUCCUGCUGAUCGACGUGGACUUGAUGGCAUGGACGGGUGGCACCCGCGUACUGUUUCAGGCGUUAUCUGAGGGUCCUGUAGAGCUUAUUCCGUUGAUUGCCACGGCCUUCUUGUACAUCAUUGAUGCGCCAAAGACGAGGGUGUACAUGCAUCCGGGUACUGAUUUGGAGAUUGCGCUUUCUGGUAUUACAGAUGCCUACGGCAAAGGCAACGCUCAUGUGGAACGUAUGCAGAGUGCUGUAAAAGUCGCCUGCACAAUUCUACGGAGCUGGAGCGGUUUGAUGUAUCUUUGCUUGGAUGAUAUGCUAGCCGUGCGAACGUUAGUCAAUACACUUCGAAUACCUUCACUUGAUACUAGGGAGAUUAUUCUGGACAUGUUUUUUGAGCUUCUGAACAUCGAGACACCGGAAUGGUAUCAGACGUUCAUUGAUGGACGAAGAUUAACAAUGUACCGACGACAUCGGCCUAUGUCACACCCUUCGUCGAAAGCGAAAGAAAAUCCGGUUAAGAGUACAGAUAAGCUGAAGCUUGCCGACCAGUAUCUCGCGCUCUUGACCAUGGUCUUGACGAAGGCUGGUCUGUUGGAGGCCCUUAUCUCUAUGCUAGAGGAGACGACACUCGGUUCUAGCUUGACACGAAAAGCAACACUUUUGGUCGGCGAGAUACUUGAAAUCGCAAAUAAAGUGCUUCCGCUCAGUUCGGCUGCAAAGUUACAGACGAUUCCUCAGGUAUUUUCGUUGUCUGCAGAUUAUACAGAUGCAGAGCAUCGUAUCGUCGGGACGACCGCACUCGCUGCAAUAGACAGUUUCAAUCGCCAUAGGUCAAGAUUGCAACCUGCAAUUCCGAGUGUCAGGGACUCCAGACAACGAGCGAAUUCCGUUGAGGACCACGUCCGUCGUGGACAACGGCAAGUUGAACAAGUCAAGAUAAAACUAGCGAUGCAAAUGGACGACAAGACGUUUCAGGCGUCUAUCAUCGAAACUCAAGUUAUGCUAACGAGGGACUAUACGAAAUGGAAUUACGAUGUACUGUUAGACCUCAUUGAAGGCCCGUUACUCAACGCGAAACGGCUUGAGGAAGCGAUCAAAGUAUCAAAAUUCGUUAAACGCCUUAUGACUUUCUUCCAUCCGGAGAGUCGUCGUUUUUCGGAAAUUCCCAAGAAGCCGAAGACAAACCUGAAAUGGGUUAAGUUGGGCUGUACGUUGUUAACGACGCUGAUGGCAAAUCGUGAUGGUGUGAAGUUCCUUGAUACGGACGACGAGUUUCUCCCGCAGAUCGUGAAGGGACUUCGUCAAUUGGAUCCUCUCUAUGGACCAAACGCUGCACCAGACUAUGACCCUAUUUUCUCAAAGAAAAGAGUAGAAGAGACAUUAACGGCUGGGUACCUCGAGAUGCUUGGUACGCUUAGUAGGCACAAAGAAGGCCUUGAGCUUCUGGAGAAGCAUAAGGUGUUUACGUGCUUCUAUCGCAUGAGCGAACUACGUAGUCGAGAGGAUUUGAUGAAAGGAAUCAUCGAGAAUAUCGAUUAUACAAAUGACGGGCAUCCUCGUAUCGUGCUCUCAAAAGCACUAACAUCAAAUUACAAGCAUAUUCGCCUCUUCGCAACACGGCACCUCGGAAAACUCAUCCAAGCUAGUCCCACCGCGAACGCAUGGAUGCUGCGUCUGCUCCUGACACAACUAUACGAUCCCGACAGAAGUGUAUGCGAGCUUGCAGUGCAGCUGCUUGAAGAAGCGUGUGAAUCACACGACGUCCUCGAGAUUGUCGUGGAUAUGCAACCGACGCUUGAGCACUUGGGGGAAAUAGCGAAUACUUUGUUAUAUAAAUUCAUGUCGACACCUGUUGGGUUUCGCUAUUUGUAUGAGGUUGGCUUUAUUGAACGGGAGAUGGAUGCGUGGCUUCACGAACGUAACUUCAACUAUGUUAUUGAAGUCGAACUAUAUCUCUCCCGUGAACUUAAUUUCAACUCUACGGAGGAUGAUGAAGAAGCACCCGUGGAUACUUCAGUACCUCCCCACUUUUACGGAGAAUUAGCAAAGACCGACUCAGGCUGUCAAGUUUUGCAAGAGAAAGGACACUUUGCGGAGUUCGCGCACUUCAUACGGCAACAUGCAUUGGAGAGUGAUGACUUCGAGAUCAUCUUUAGAUUGAAGAGUGUUCUUUGGGCGGUUGGCAAUGUCGCAUCGGGAGUGGGAGGUCUGACCUUCCUUAUAGAGGAAGAAAUUCUCCCAGUCAUGCUAGAAAUUGCGGAAAGCUCGCCGAUAUUGUCGGUUAGGGGCACCUGUUUCUUUGCCUUGGGUUUGGUGUCGUCUACUGCGCAAGGAGCGGAAAUUUUGGAUGAUUAUGGUUGGGAAGCGACGCUUUCACCUCUUGGAGCUCCGACUGGGAUAUGUCUUCCCGAAGACUUAGAGGGAUUUCUGGCAAUUCCUCGAUGGACAGAUCCAGAGCCGACCAAGAAGCGUGGGGAGCUUGUGUCUCCGACGUCGCAGGAAGAAGUAGAUAUCUUGACCGCAAUCGGGAACUUAGCAAACACGGUUAUUGCUAACACUGCAUCUCGUUCCCUUGCUAAGAUGAAAUCGAAAGCCGAGUUCCGCAGCGUAUUCUCUUCACCAUCUCUAUAUUAUCGUGUCUUGCACAUGAUCUCGACUCAACGUUUCCGUCUGCCCGUGAGGCGGUACAUUCUUGACCUAUUCGACGUCCCACUUGACGCGAACGUCGUGCGAUCGCUAUCUGCUUACUCCAAAGCACUUGCAGAGACUGGUGCAAAACUCUCGCCGAACAAAACUCGUCCACGCUUACAACCACGUGUCAGCGUCUUCGGACGUCCAGCCCGGGGGCAGAACCCUAGGGAAAGCGAUGAUAGCGAGAGCAUGGACUCUUCGGAGGACGAAACGCAAGUAAAGAAACCACCUACUGAGCGACCUGUCAGCUUGAUGCCUGCGAAGAGGAUCUCGGGCUUUAAUGGUGUCGAUCAGGACGAGUUGGUGAAAGAGAAGGCGAGAGAGGUGGCUGCGAAGAAGGAACGUGAGUUGGAGAGGAUGAUUCAGCAGAAUCAGGGAACGGUACGUGCGAGGAGUAAGAGUGGAGGGAGUUGGAAGUUUAAGAAGGUUGUGACGGAGUCUGAUGAUGAUGAGUUUAUGAGCUGA